CGGAACAUGUUGCUGUUUAUAUUGUUGCUGUUGCUGUUGCUGUUGCUGUUGUGUGGCUGGCGCAGCAGCCACUGGUGGCGCAACAGUGUGGCCGGUCCACUGGGCUGUCCACUCGUUGGCAACAUGUGGCAAUUUGCUUGCGGUCUACGCUCCUAUGGCGACAUCUAUGCGCAGCUUUACAAUUCGUACCCGGAGCUGCGCUAUGUGGGCUUCUAUCGCUUGGGCAAUGAGCCGGCGCUGCUGGUGCGCGAUCAGCAGCUGCUGCGUGAGCUGCUCGUUGGCGCCAGCUUUGCCCACUGUGCGGACAAUGCUUUGUGUUUGGAUGCGCAGCGCGAUGCGCUAGCCUGGCACAAUCCAUUUGUUGCCUGCGGCGACUUGUGGCGCCAGCGACGCGGCGAGCUGCUGCCGCUGUUUACGCCGCAUCGCCUGCGGCAGUGCACGCCGCAUAUUGCGCAGGCCUGCGCGCAGCUGCAGCAGUUUGUGGCACAGCUACCAGCGUCAGGCAGCUUCGAGGCCAAGCAGCUGGCAACGCGCUAUACGCUGCAAGUUGUGGCCUCAGCAGUGUUUGGACUGAAUGCGAAUUGCCUGGAAGCGCAUGGGGACAGCGACUGGCUGCAGCUGCUGGCGCCGCUGUUUCAGCCCAGCGCCUGGAGUCUGGCCGAGACAAUUGCGCUGUUGCAUUCCUCGCGGCUUGGCUGGCUGCUGCAGCAUCGCUACGUGCCGCUGGCUCUGGAGCGCUGGCUGCAGCAAAUGGUGGCAGCCAGCCUGAGCAGCCGGAGCAGCAAAUCGCUGCUGCAUGCGCUGCAUGAAAAGCUUGGUGCAACGCAUGUGGCUGUGGCUGGACAUGCAGCGACGCUGCUGCUCGAGGGCUACGAAACGAGCGCCAGUCUGUUGGCCUUUGCGCUCUACGAACUCGCGCGCAAUCCGCUGAAGCAGCGACGCCUGCAGGCCGAGCUGGACGCAGUGGCGGGUCAGCAGCUGCUCAGCCAUGAGGCGCUCGAGUCGCUCAGCUAUGCAGAGGCAACGCUGUACGAGACUUUGCGUCUGCAUCCGGCAAUGCCGGCGCUGCAAAAACGCUGCACCGAAUCCUUUUUGCUGCCCAGUCAAACAGCAGCGGGCGCUGCGCUGCAGGUGGCCAAGCAUACGGUGCUGGUGCUGCCGGUGCAAGCGAUUCAUCUCGAUCCAUUGAUUUAUGCUGAGCCGCUGCGCUUUCAGCCCGAACGCUUUAUGCAGUCGCAGACGCCGCUGGGCUGCCGCUUUCUCGGCUUUGGCGCGGGCCCACGCAUGUGUCCGGGCAUGCGUCUCGGCCUGGCACAAACCAAAGCUGCACUUGCCACACUCCUGCAACGCUACAAUGUGCAACUUGCUCGUGGCCAGCGCCAGGCGCCUGUGGAGAAAUCAACGCGCACUUUUCUCACCAGUUGCACCAGCGGCAUUUGGUUAAGUCUCCAACCGCGAACCACAACCGACGCCAAUGCUUAAAUUAAAAUGCAAUGUGCGCUAAUUAAAUUUAGUUCCAAUUAAUUGGCUUAGCGUUAGUUCCUGCUGCUGCUGCUGCUGCGUUUUAAUAACAGCAAAGCGCUUGAACAAUGGCUAAGCUUCAAUUAUCGAAUUGCCAAACAAUUUAAUUUGCACCAAUUUAAUCAAAUUUUUCUCUGACUAGCAGCAAGAGUCAGAACUAUCAAUCGAUUUAUUAGACUGGCUUAUAAAUAUUUUUUUUCUAGCUCUGUGUAGAUUUUAGCGUCAAAAAGUUGAAUAAAACUGAAAGAAAUUGUCUUCGAUUUGUAUUCAAUAUAUAAAUGUAAAAAGAUUAGAAUAAUCGCAUC